AUGGCAGGGAAUUUCUGGCAAAGCAGCCAUUAUGAACAAUGGAUCUUUGACAAGACGAAUUUGUUGCGAAUGCGACACGAGGAUUUGAAGAUCUAUUCGGAGGAAGAAUAUGGAAAACUCAUGAUUUUCUUCUCGAAUCUGGUUCAACACAUCGCGUUGGAGACUCAAAACAAUAACGGGCAAAAGGUGAAGAUGCAAGUGAUCGCCACCGCUUUUACAUAUUUCAAGCGCUUCUAUGCGAGGAGAAGCCUAAAGGAUAUUGAUCCUUUCGUUUUGGCGCCCACUUGCAUCUAUUUGGCGAGCAAAGUCGAAGAGUUCGGCAUGAUGAGCACCACGAAAUUGAUGUCAUCGGUGGCGAAUGUUAUGAAACAACGCUGGUGCUUCAUUCAACUCGAAGUCUCGCAGCGUGUCGGUGUCAUUCACGAAGCCGAAUUCAUCAUUCUAGAGAUCAUGGAUUGCUGUUUGAUUGUUUACCACGCGUACAGACCGUUGACGCAGAUGAUCCAGGACAUGAAGACUAAUGGAAUGAAGGACAUCGACGAAUUGGAGGCAACAUCCUGGAAAGUUUGCAACGAUACGAUGAGGGGAGAUUUCGUUAUGCUUUACCCGCCACAUAUGAUCGCACUUGGUUGCAUCAUUCAAGCGGCUUUAAUGCUCGGUCGUGAAAAGGAGAUCCGAACUUUUAUGGGCGAUUUGUGUGUCGAUUUUGAAAAGGUGUAUGAAGUCGUGCAGGAUAUCAACAAAUUGUACACCCUUUGGAAAGGUUUCGACGAGCAAAACGAGCUGCAGAGACUCAUCGAUAAACUCCCGAAACCGAGCGCCACGCCGACGCAACCCCCAGUGCAACAGCAUCAGCAACAAGUACAACAAAUGCCACAGCAAAUGAACAAUCAGCCGAUGGGAGCUCCACAGCAAAGAAUGGGACAUCCGAUGGGACCCUCACAUGGCGGACCACCUCAUCACAUGGCUCCCCAGCACAUGCAGGGAAUGGGCGGGCUUCAUGGAAUGGGUCAAAUGGGUCCUCCAAUGCACCAGGGACAUCAACACUCUGGAGGGUUUAUG